AUGGUAUUUUUCAAUGAAUCAGACGAGAGUGUUAAGACUGAGCAAACUGGACAAGAAACUAUUGAAGAAGUAAAGAAACCUGAACAACCAAACCAAUUGACAACGAUUACUGAUCAAACUAGCACACCAAUCGCAGUCAUGACAUCAGAAUUGGUCUGUCGACGACCUAGUGUUCGAAGAAGGAAUUGUAUCCUCCUUUUGAUUGUAUCAGCUCAAAUACUUUUGAUGUCUGGAAUCAAACAACCUAAUCCUUUCUAUAUUUCUUUUGAUUAUCUAUAA